CACAAACCAAGCACAAGUAUAUUCUGUCCAUCACAAAGGCCUUUUCACGCAAUACAUACCCCCUAGACGAAAUGCCUAAGAUUACGAUUCUUGGAGCCGGUAUUACCGGCUUGACCAUCGCCAGCCAACUCCCGAGGGACUAUGAUAUUACCGUUGUUGGGAAGCAUCUUCCAGGAGACGACAUGGACCCCGCGUAUGUCAGCCAAUGGGCUGGAGCUAUCUGGCUACCCACGCACGACGCUAGUCCUCGAGAGCAGCAAAUGCAAAAAAGCAGUUUUGCGGACCUAUGGAGAAUUGCUUUGAGCAAUCCAGAAUCUAGUGUGCGUCAUGUUGAAAUGACGGAAAUCUGCGAUUACGGCUCGGUAGACGCGAUUUGGUACAAAAGCAUAGUACCUGAAUUCCGACUGAUCCCAGACAAAAACCUUCAAAAGGGGGCCAAGUUCGGAAUGAAGUACAAGACAGUGGUUAUUACGCCCAUGGUCUUCUUGCCGUGGCUUCGGGAUAGGCUUGAAAAGCGAGGUGUGGUUUUCAAGCGGCUUCAUGUGAACUCACUUGCUGAUUUGAAGGGCAUGGGCCACGACGUUCUUGUGAACGCAAGCGGCUUUGGUGCUACCAAGUUGACCGACGUCCUUGAAGACCGCCUGGAACCUGUACGUCAGCAGAAUCUUAGAAUCAGGAAGGAUGGAUACAAUGAGUUGUACAUUCGCCGUGGAACAAACGGUUAUUACUCCACUGCGUUUGCUCGAGGAGAUGGCACAAUUUACAUUGGUGGCAUCAAGACCCCAGGAGUCGUCGAUUUCACUGCCGACGAGGAUCAGCGCAGGACUAUCAUGCGUCGACAACACGAGAAUCAGCCAAACAUUUUUACUUCACCUCAUCCCGAAGAUUACGACUUCAUCUGCGAUCAUGUCGGAGUGUUCCCGAUCAUCACACAGAAGAAGGGCGGAGUACGUGUUGAAAAGAAGGACGUUGGUACUCAAAGGGUUGUUCACGCAUAUGGACAAGAAGCUGGCGGACCACCUCUCCUUGAAGACAGUGAUCAGACGUUGAGUGCUAAAAUGCCUGGCUUGACGAACAACCCAUCAUAA